UAACGUGACUAAUCCAAAUAAUCCAAAAUUAAGUUCCUCUUUAUUAUGUUAAUAAAUCGUCUAAAAAAAAAUGAGCAACACAAUCCUGACAAUAUUCAAUCCUGCUAUGCAAUUGUGCUAACAAAUAGUAUCACGCUGAUGGGUUUUCUUACGUAGCCCCAGUGGCCUAAUGGAUAAGGCACUGGCCUCCUAAGCCAGGGAUUGUGGGUUCGAGUCCCAUCUGGGGUGACUGUUAAUUUCUUUAUCCUUACUUCAACAUUGUGUUUUUAGUCAUUUAACAAACAAUUUGGGAAGUAUUUUUCUGCCGACUAUCAUCAUGAAUUCUUGACCGCUGUCGCACUAAUUUUCGGUGUUACUCUCCGUUCAGAACCUCAUAUAUGAUGAGGAAACCGAGCAUCUGUUUGUGCGUCCUGCUGUGCUCUGUGGCUGCAUCGCUGGAUGGAGUUGGAAGACAAAUUAGCAAGGUGCAAAUUUACCAGGCCACGGUGAACUGGGAUGCUGCCCAGAAGAGCGUGACCCUGCAGGAGGGGGUGAUGGCGCGGGACGGGGGCGCCUGCGGAUUCUUCAACGACUCUCUGCUGCUCUCUGGAUGGGGCGUGUUGGAGAUCCAGGCCGGCUUUGGAGGAGCGCCGCAGGACGAUGAAAUCACAUUUUACCUGGCUGGUUACCUGGAGGGCUACCUGACUGCUGGACAGAUGUUCAGCCAUUACACCAACAUGUUUCCUCAGCUGGUCAAGGAUGAGCGAGUUUUAAUGCCCUUAAAACACUUCAUCAGCAAACAGGACAGCUGGGCCAGAGAGCAAGCGGCUCAGAGGAGGAACAGCGACCCCCUGUGGAAGCAUGUGGGACUGAUCCUGGCCCAGCUGGACGGGCUGCACGCUGGAGCUGCAGAGUGGGCCAAAAGCAGACACAGGGAGGCCCUGCCGCUGUUCGCGCUCCAGUUCCUGAAUGGUGUGGGUGACCUCCUGGACCUGGUCCCGGCUCUGACGCCUCGCUCCAACUCCUCGGCGGGCUCGGCCGCCUUCAGGCGGCCCGGGAUGGGCCUCUGCACGGCCCUCAUAAAGGUUCUGCCCGGCUAUGAAAACCUGCUGCUGGGCCACUCCAGCUGGUACAGCUACGCCGCCACCAUGCGGAUCUACAAACACUGGGACUUCAGGGUUUCCGAUCCGCGCGUCCACACCGGGCAGAUGUCCUUCAGCAGCUACCCGGGGUUCCUCAUGUCUCUGGAUGAUUUCUACCUGCUGGGCAGCGGCCUGCUGAUGACGCAGACCUCCAUCGGCGUCUUCAACGCCUCGCUGUUCUCGCGGCUCAGCCCACGCCGCCUGCUGGCCUGGCAGAGGGUCCGCCUGGCCAACGGCCUGGCCCGCAGCGGGGAGGAGUGGGCGCAGCUCUUCUCCAGAUACAACUCAGGAACCUACAACAGCCAGUACCUGGUUCUGGACCUGAGCAGGGUUCUGCUGCGCCGCAGCAUCCGGGCCGGAGCGCUGACGGUGGUGGAGCAGAUUCCCGGGAACGUUGUCCACUCCGACCAGACUCCGGCUUUACGCAGAGGUUACUGGCCGUCCUACAACGUCCCGUUCCACGCCGAGGUCUACGCCCAGAGCGGGUACGCCACCAUGUGGGGGCGCUACGGAGAGGACUUCUCCUACGACCUUUGCCCCCGAGCCAAAAUCCUCCGCAGAGACCAGGCCAAGGUGUCCGACCUCAGCUCCCUCAAAUACAUCAUGAGAUACAACAACUAUAAGAGAGAUCCCUACUCCAAGGGCCAUCCAUGUAAGACCAUCUGUUGCCGUAACGACCUGAGACCAAGGAGGCCACGCCCAGGAGGUUGCUAUGACACCAAGGUGACAGACUACCAGAUGGCCCUGCAACUGACCGCCGAGGCCGUAAACGGGCCCACCACCCAGGGGGGACUCCCCCCGUUCUCCUGGAGGUCCUUCAACCUCACGGCUCAUCAGGGUCUCCCAGAAACCUACACGUUUCCCUUCGUCACCAUGAAGCCCACGCUGCGCCGGCCCUGAGAUGUUGGCCAGCUAAGGCCAGCUAACAUUUUAGCUAACAUUUCCGCCUGUUAGCUGGCCUGUUAGCUACAGCUAACAGGUGGCUAUAGCCAGCUAACAUUUCCGCCUGUUAGCUAGCUAUAACUAGGUUUGGAUGUUAAGCUUUUUUCAUUAAAAAAAGUAAUCCUUGUUAUUCUUUAACCAUCAGGAGUUUCUACCUCUGUGUCUUUUCUUCUGUAUAAAAAUAUUUUAAAUGUUUCAACUACAUUGAAAAUAAUUUCUACUGAACACAGCGACCAAGUGACUUAACAGGUUUUGAUCCAGUGAAUACAGUUUUUUAAUCUCUCUA